AUGCGCGGCGUUAGCACUAGCUUCGCUUGGAAGAAGUUCUGCUACAAGUGCGGCCGUACUCGGCCCGAAGACUCGCCCAGUGUGCUGGAGCCCGCCCAGCUGGCCGUCUUCGUCCGCAUCUCCCCCGGCGAUUUCGAGGUGAGCCAGGCCGCAUUCUCCAGCUUGCAAGAUACGGAGGAGGUCGCGUCUGUCAAGACCACGGCGGUUUCGGCAGCAGCCUGUGCAGCCCGAGGUUCAGUGCGGGCGCGUGCUCCGGGCGGUGAUGUUGAUGCCAUUGAAGUCGUUCCCGACGACCCUGCCCUGGCUCUGUUCAUGCAGCCCGAGUCCUCGGAUCCUUCCCUCGCGUCGUCACUUCUUUCGCUCACGGUUCCUCGGGAUGGUGUGCUUCAGCCGGCCGAUGGCGGCGACUCCGACGACGACUCCACGGGCGCCGACGACGAGGCCGGCGCGCGUGAAUACCCUGAGCAACAGCCUCUGCAGCAGCCUGGCCUCUCCGUGGAGGCCGCCGCCCGCGGUGCCUCUGGCAGCGGCCCCGCAGCAUCCUCUCCUUGUGCCCCGGGCGCCUCGCCUGCCUCGCUCGAUCCUGGCGGGGGGAAUGGCGGGUCGCGGCUGGUGGAGGGGGGCGCCGCUGGAGCGGAGAGCGGCCCAGCGGCUGCCCGCGUCUUCUCUUCGUUCCUCCAGCGCCGCGCCACUGACGACGGCCGGGGCGCGUUCUUUUCCAAGAAGGGCCUCGCGCGCAAGCAGUGCGAGAAUGUGAUCGGCGGGCUCGGCGAUGCAGCCGUUGAGAAGCUGGAUAUCCAUCCCUUUGACAUGCCCGACUCCGGUAGCCAAGUGCGCCUGAGCUUGCAGCGUCCAAUGCCCGGAUUCCCAGGACUGCCGGGGCCGAGUGGCUUCGCCGCUUUCCAAUUAAAGCCGACAGGUGCGGCGCGUUCGCGGGCAGAGAUGAGCCCCUGCACCCUCGCCCCUCCCGGGUUCCCCGAGAUUCUGCCCCUUGCGCGUCGGCAGCGCAUGGCGCAGUCACUUCUUGCCGACUUCGGCCACGAGCCGAUCGGCACCCGCAGGUUUCAGUUCGCCGACGCCGCCCGCCGCCUCUUUCGUUUUCGCCGGUUGCCUGACGCAGCCGAGGUUGCCGCGUGGGCGGCCACAGUGCGCCAGGCCAGCGACUGCGACUCCAGCGCGGUGGAGGUCGUGAAGGAAGGGGCCGAGGCACCACACGCCGGCGCCGUGCCCGGAGGCGGGAGGGCGGCCCGGGGCACGCAGGCCUGCCACGAGGCGGUGGUCGACGGGCUCCGCGCGCUGGUCGCGGUCGGCCCGCUGGUCGUGCAGGCGCAUUUCGCCCGCCUGAGGCCCUGGGCCGAGUUCGCCCGGCUGGACCCGCCAGAGAGCGAGCAGGAGGCACGCGCGCGAGCUCCCCGCAACCUGCAGCGGUACCAGUCGAACUAUGUCACCUUGUUGUUGGCGUCGUUCUUCCUGGCGCUGCUCAGGGAUGUCGCUCGACUUGCGGUGGUGUGCCUCAUCGUGUUGGUGUGGAUCCAAUCUCAGAGGAGCGGCCACUGCCGCUUGUGCAGGACCCCACGAAUUGGAGAGGUCACCGCGACGCGGCGUUGCAGGCUGCUGGCGCUCGCGUCCCUGUCGCUGGGCGCCCUGGCGGCCUGCUGCGGCUCCGCGGUGUUAGUCGCCGUGGGCGCCUGGGCACUCCUCACGAUGGCCCACGCCGCGCUCCACCCUGGCGGCUCCGGGCGCGAGGGCGGCCGCGAGGAGCGCGAGGAGGGCGAGGACGAGGCGGCGCAGGCGCUCGUCGGCGGCGGCGGCGAGGAGGAGGGCGCCGCGGCGAGCGCCGCCGCGCCCCGCGGGCGCGAGGCCGAGCGCAGCCCCUGA